AUGUAAAAUAACGAUCCUACUCAUUUAUAUAUGUUAACCAAAAAAACUAAUGUAGAUCACUUAGUUGGGUCUAAAGCAUCUAGAACACAUACAAGUAAGAUAAAUUUAGAAAUAUUCUAGGAGUAGAAACAAAAGUGAGUACAUCAAUUUCAAAUUCAUAAAAUAGUCAACGCAAAACAUCUUUCUAUAAUAGACAACCAUUGUCAACAAAAAACUCAUUUAGUGUUCAUGUUGAUACAGAGGAAGGUGGAGGAGUUAAGAAAAUUUAGAGUUAUCAAAAUAUUAAUAAUAAGAUGGAGAAAUUUUCAUAAUAAAAUAGACAUUUAAUUAGUAAAUUUUAUGAAGGCAUUUAUUUAAUUGGAAAUUCUACUCUUGGUAAAACUGAUAUACUUUAUUAAUAUGGAUAAUGUCAUCUUGAAUAAUUAUUACCUGAUUUGGUAUUUCCAUAUGGAGCAAAAGAUGUUUAGAAGAAAUUAUCAGAUUCAUAAAGUGAAAUUAAUGAAAUUCUUUAUAAAAGAUUUGUAUCAGAAAAUAAUCCAAAUUGCUUUAUUUUACCAAUUAAAACUUCAGAAUCAUUUGAAAAAUAAUGUUAUAACUUAAUUUAUUAUAGAGUAUAAUAGUAAUCAAUUAGCUUAUUGUAUUUGUUUAUCAAUACAAGAUGUUUGUCCAUCAAAAAAUAGUUAUUUAAAAUGUGAAAGAGUACUUUGCAUAGUUUCAUAUUUGCCUUUAAUGAAAUAUUUUAUUGAUUUUUUAAUAGAAGUUAUGAGUAUGAAUUCAAUUAAUUAGAUUGUGCCAAAGAAGAGAGGUUUAAUAAUUUGACAUUUAUUUAAUACAUUCAUAAAUGUCCUCUUUUUGAAACUCUCCCUAAAUAAAUUCCAAGUUAAUAAAUACCAUAAUCCUAUUAUGAAUAUAAUGAUUACCAUGUUAAAUAAUUAAAAAUAUUGCACAAUGCUCUUAGUCUUGGAUUAGUUGCAAUAAAUAUUAUUUUAGAAAGAUCGGUUAUAUUUGUAGCUUAAAAUGUUUAAUAAUUAGGAGCAAUUCUUAUGUUAUUUCUUAAACAUGUGAAAUGGAUUCAUUAGAUGGUGGCUUCAAUACCUCCAAAAAAUAUUGAAUUAUUGAAUGUGCCUGUACCUUUAUUAGGUGGAAUAGUCCUAGAAGAUUAUUAAUGUAUAGAAUAAUUAAUUGAUGAAUAUCCUAAUGUUGUAUUUGUUGACCUUGUUAAGUUAUAUAAAUAUUUAAUUGUAGUUAGCAUGUUCGAAAUUCUAAUGAUUUUACUAAAAGUCUAAUAUAUAUAUUUUUAGUCAGAUAAUUGCAAGGGAAGUCGCCUUAUGAGAUAGGUUAAAUUUUAGGACACUUCCAAUAAAAUUUAGUUUAAGAGACUACAAGGGAUGAGUAUAUAAUCAAAGAAUUUAGAUAAACUUAAUAUUUUAAUGAGAUGGAUUAGAUGAAAUAAUCAUUAAAUAUAAAAAGUAUUCCAACUUUUCAUCAAUUAAAAGUGUCAUAAUAAACUUUUAGAAAGUUUUGA